GAGCGGGCAGAGGAGGGGCUACAACGCAGAGAAAACCAGGGCAAGGCAAGCAGCCAGCUAGAGUCCAAGUGGAGAGAAAUGCUGAAGCCUGGUUAAUAAGGAAGAGGUUCCACUGCUGAAACAGAUGAGAAGGAGAAGAAGGGGCUCUAAGACCUGAAGGAAGGGCUCUGUCUGGAGAUGGAGGUCAGAGAGAAGUUGAUGGGAGUACCCAUCAAGAGCCCCUGCAGGAUCCUCACCUGCAGGACAGCGAGAGGGAAAAGCAAUGUGUCGGUGCCCUCCAUGCCAACAGUAUUCAGGGAUCAGCUGAGGCUCUGCAAAAUGCCUUUAUCCUUGCGCCAUAUUAUGGGCUGUGCGGUACCUGCAGCGGUGGGACUUCUUGGCUGCUGGUGGAUCUACUCCCGCAGAAAGAGGCGUAGAGUCUGUCCUGACCAAAGAGCAACAGGCCCCAGGACAGAGCAGCAGGAGGAAGUUGCAGGGGAGGAAUCAUCACCCAGACCAGCAGCAGGGGUUCCUCGAAGGCUGCCUCGUCUGUUGGAAGAGGAAAGGCCAGAGAAUGAAAACGCUGGAGGAUUUUCCGCGCCCUGCCAGCCUCAGGCAGCCGUGGCACCCAGGGGCUUGCAGCUCGCAGCAGCAGAGGACCCAGCGUCGGGCACCGAGGGAGCCAGCGCGGAGAGAAGCUCUGCUGCGAGGGAUGGCGGCAGGAGCCAGCGGCCCCAGGCAGGGCCGGUGGAGGCAGCAGAAGGCUCCCAGUGCCCCAUCUGCCUGCAAGGUGUUACAAAUGCCUCCUACGUGGCCUACUGCCUGCACAGCUUCUGCUUUGGGUGCAUCCAGCGUUGGGCCACGAUGAGCAAGACCUGCCCCGUCUGCCGGCAGCCGUUGGAGCGCCUGCUGAUCUCAGUGUGAGCAGAUGACGAGUAUGAGGAGCUCGUCCUUAGCCCUCCCAAUCACGUGUG